UCCGGUAUUUUGGGUGGAAAACCAGAAGGGCACACUUAAAAAUUGGUGUUUCUUGUGGAAAUAAUUUAGUAGCAAAUAAACAAAUUAAAUCUCUCAGGAUGUCUGCCCUGCGCCGUGACGUUUCGCCCUUGAUCCAGCGCAUCCGGGCCUUCCUGCUGGGCCGGGAACACAACCUGGCGCUGCGUUUCGAGGACGGACUGGCCGACCGCACCCAGCCGCAGCCGGAGAUUCCGGACGGACCGUCGCACCUGCACUCGGCCAACUACUACUGCCAGCGGGAUGCCCGCCGCGAGGUCUUCCCGCCCAUCGACCUGGUGGAGCAGCAAAAGCAGCUGGCGGCGGAUGCCGGAGGAGCGGCGAAGGCCACCUCCCAGCUGCCAACUCCGGGCAAGGUCUACGGCUGGGACUAAUGGCCCCCGGAUGGCCAUGGUCUUUCCACGGGAAUCGCCUUUGUUUUUGAGUUGUAGUUCGAGCCGGUUAAAGCUAAUAUAGAAUCCAUUCAAGUCGA